AACAAACAGUGAAGACAGAAACUACUGCUAUAGACAUGCCAGAAGGAUCGGAGCCGCAUUGAGCCAAACAGCACCUUCACACAGAACUCCAAUAAUAUGAGAGUAAACUCCACAUGAUGGACAGCCAGAGACAAACAGAGAUGCUACAGAAAGAGAUCCAAGAGGAGAGAGGGAACAGACCAACUGAAGACAUCACAGAAGAACAUUUUCUUAAAGAACUGUACCUUUUUAUGAAGAAACGAGACACACCGAUAGAGAGGAUCCCACACCUGGGCUUCAAACAAAUUGAUUUGUACGUGAUGUUCAAGACAGUUAAAGAGUUGGGGGGUUAUCACCAGGUGACCGCUCAGCAGCUCUGGAAGCAGGUCUACAACACUCUGGGAGGAAAUCCUCGCAGCACAAGCGCAGCCACAUGCACCCGGCGCCACUAUGAAAAAUUACUGCUGCCGUAUGAGUGUCACAUCAAAGGCCUGCAUCUCAAUGCAGUGCAGCAGCCAAGGCACUAUCACUAUGUGGGCUACGGGAAAAAUGAAGAGGACGGCCCACUGCCUGCCAAACGCAGACCUGUGCUCUUCCCUUUGCAGAGUCCCCCAGAAGUUUUGUCGGAGCAUCACUCAGGCUUGUUUCCUCUAAGCCCCUCCUAUGCCAAAUUCUACUACCCUCCUUACCCCUAUCCUCCACUCCCACAAUCGCUCCUGCCUUCCCCACGGCUGCCCGUACCACCCCCACCUGUGUACUUAAGCUGCACCCCCGCCUUACCCAACCUCACAGAACGCCCACCUCCGUCGCCUAAUUGCUCGGACCACCUUAAAGACCCGUUGGAGCAUCUCCGUUACCUGGCCAAGCGGUAUGAGACCUCAACGGGGCUGUCAGAACCUCUCAACUUGAGCGUCAAAUCUCCGAACAGGGAUAUUACAACCAGUCCUGCGUCUUCCUUUGCCCCACCAUCAUCCAAUAAGAACCCAAAGUUUUUAAAUAAACCCUCCCCUUUAUACACAUCUCUGAAUACUAAUGUGAAAAGUGACGCAGAGGACGGUGGGGCAGCUACGGCUGAAACAUCAUUAUUCAGCAGCGUAAAAGACUCUCCAACUCCAAAGUCUCCAGAUAUUAGCACCGAUCCCGAGCAAAACAAGAAGGCAGCAAGUGAGAGAUGUCACAGUCCUGAAGUCAGCUGUAUAAAUGAGUUAAUAUCCUCGACUGGAGAAAAGGGAGGAAGAAUGGAAAUUGAAAUACCCCUUUCGGUGUUUAAUAAUUGGCUCCAAAUGUAUGGUCCCCAAGCCACUUUGAAUGCCUCGAGACAGCUGUUAAUUCAGGAGGAAAACACUAGAAAAAGUACAGUAACCGAGACGACGCCGGCAAACUUGACCUUUGAGAUAAAGCAGAGCAAGUCAGAUGAAGAAAAUCCACGACACAUGCCAAGUCAGAGAUCUCCGAGCCAGUAUCAAUGCAGCAAUCAUAAGCCCACGUUUGGUACGCUGAGAAACGCAGUAAGCAGAGAUGUUUAUGUAUUCAAUGACGCGAACAAGCCAUACAACAUUAAAAGCGUGCCUAUAGAGGGCUGGGGUAUGACAAGCAGAAGCGGACCAACACUCCCUAAGCAAGCUAACGUUAUCAUCAAUCCACCCGUUUUGCCACAGGACCACAGAACACCUAAGCCUUAUGUAACUAAAGAGCACAGGCAGCAGCAGCAAACUGAGUCAGAGGGUCUAAUGCAGAAGCCGGUUUCUAUGCUGCAACUGACCCCUGAAGAAGUGAUGAAACUCAAGAAAAUCAUCUCGAACUCUGCGUGACACCACCACUCCAAUCAACUCCACAGAUUGCAUUAUAUUUGUA